CCCUCUCAAGUCAAAAUUUGAAUGCGAUGAGCUCAAAUCACGAUUUCAGAAGUGGGAACUGGGAAGAAACUGAUAGCUCGAGUUCUAGCAUUAAAACAAGAGAAAACAAUGGAGGAGCCACUGUCCCCUCGAGAGUCUGGUCAGUUUGUGGCCGAGCGGAGUCGAGAUGUGUUUGUGGAUGAAGAUGGUGUUAAACGUGUGGCGCAGAUGAUUUAUGAGCUCCGUGAAAGUGAAGAAUUCACAGCCAGCGGCUGGAAAAAGAUGAAUCCGCUGGCACCUUCACCAGACUCAGAUGAUGCCAUCAACUGGGUGUUUGUGACAGACACCUUGAACUUCUCCUUCUGGCCUGAGAAGGAGGAGGAACAGUGUGAGGUCACGUGUAGGGGAAACACCUAUCGAGGGUACAUGUCUCUCUGUGCUGCUGUGACCAGGGCUAUGGAUGAAGGAGUGCCCAUUACAAGCCCUGCCUACUUCUCUCAGAUCAGUGAGGCCCAGCUGGCGAAAGUCCUGCGUUCAGACAGCGCUGCUAGCAUGCCCAUGCUGAAAGAGCGUCACCAGGCGCUAACAGAGGCCGGACGAGUGCUCAUGGAGAAUGGUGGAUCCUUCCAGAUGUUCAUGAGUCAUUGUGAGAAUGAUGCAGAGAGGAUGGUGAAGUAUAUUGUUCAGAAUAUACCGUCAUACAGAGAUGAAGCCACGUAUGAGGGUAAGAGGAUCUCGUUUCACAAGAGGGCUCAAAUCCUUGUGGCGGACGUGUGGGGCAUCAUGGAGGCCCGAGGGGAGGGGAACAUCCCGAACCUUGACUACCUGACCAUGUUUGCUGACUACAGGGUACCACAAGGCCUCGUGUACCUUGGGGCUUUACGCUACUCUGAUGCCCUAAUGAAGACACUGAAAAACGGUGAAUUGUUGAGCUCCGGUGAGAGACGAGAGGUGGAGAUCCGGGGUUGCUCCAUCUGGUGUGUGGAGAGAAUCCGACACCAUCUGUGGAAGCUUGUGGAGGAGAGAGAUGGGAAGAGCUGUCACAUCAACUCUGCUCUUAUUGAUUUUUACCUGUGGCCAUAUGCUAAAAAACACCACAAAGAAAUGGCACAUAUUCCAAUACAUCACACUCGCUGCAUCUACUAUUGACAGCAUCAUCAUCUUUUUCCACGUUCUUUUUUGUAUCGUUCUGUUUAUACCUUUAAAUAAAGUUAUGAAGAGGUGGUGAUUUA